GCUUUUUUCUGAUCAUAGUAUAUUUUUUUGUUGUCUGCAGGAUUUGAAGGUUGAAUUGAAUGCAAAUGCAUCUGAGCUCACAGAUGCUGAUGAUAUUAUCUCAAUCCAUUGAUCCUGAUUCAAUUCUUGAAAUUUUUUGUUUUCCUGAAAUUGCUGUUACUUGUCCUUUUUCUAGUGUUGAGGAUCUGAGGGUUCUUUCUGAGGAACAAUUAGUUGAAAUUGCUCUUAAGGAAGCCUUUAAGGACAGUGACAAUAGUUCAAAAGUUUCAGAAAAGUGCUCUAAUGCAUGGUCAAGAAAUAAGCAAGCAUGUUUGGGGAGCACUGGUAAAGGAGAUGAUAAUUCAGCUUCAGGUGAUUUUGCAAAUGGAUGUUCUCCUGGAAACAGUUCUAAUCAAACUGCAUUGACAAAGGAAAAUAGCUCAAGGAAGAGGAGUAGGAAAGUUCAUGACUGUCAUAUUGAAAAUAGCUAUGUUGCAAAGGUGGAGGAACUUGCAAAAAUUAAACAAAAGCAGGAUGAAGCAAAAGCUGCAGCAAGACUGCACUGUUUAAGUGCCAUCUGUCAAAGCAAUGACUGUUCCAUUCCAUCCUUGGAGAACAUUGGGAGGAUGAAAUCCCUCAGGUCUACAACUUCAGCCAGAAAGGUAAGUUCAUCAGACAUGGAACAGCUCCUACCUGUUUCAGGCCAAGAAGUUGUUCUUUGCAUUGAGGUUUACCAUAACAUACGAAAAUGGGCAAAGAUCCAAGAGUUCCUGGUCCUUGGACAGCAAAAGUUCACCGAAUUGAGGGACAAAAUAUAUUGCUUGUCAGACCAAGUGAUGCAAAAUGCUGGGCAGCAUGAUCCUUCUGGAUAUUUCUUUAUAGAAAAUGUAUUCUACAAUGAUUCAAGAGAUCCCUCUGCUAUAGAUUACAGCAAACCAAUACUGGAUUGGCUUAGCAACUCAAAGGAUGAUGCUCUUAGGAAAUGGGAAUGCUUAGUAACUGGUCAACUGCAACAAAAGCAUAGAGAAAUUUUAGGCAGUCCACCAACCUCAAAAUUGCCUCACUUCGAAGCUGUUAACAUGCACGAAAAAAAAUUUUGCAACUUGAACUUUCGACUUGGUGCUGGAUACCUCUAUUGUCAUCAGGUUCAAAAUUUUCACCUAUUUUGUGUCAAAAAAGAAAGUAGAGAUCCUUUACUUGCGAAUUUGCACCCACCAAAAAUGACAGCAAGAAAAUUGGAGGGCAUUCUUACACUCUUGUCCUCUCAAUGAACACAUUUUAGCUGUUGUUUUAUGGAUCAAAUUCUAAGAUGGGAUUUUAUAGAGUUUAAAAACUUUUCUCCACAUUUUAAACCUUCAAGCACUCUCCCUGUGCAUGGCUAUUGGAAUAUGUUUUUCCUUACUCUCGAAGAAGAGAGAAACUUAUUUUGGUUUAACUUUGUACGGGGGGACUGCAAGCAUACAAUUGUGAUUAGAGACAUGAGGUUGAUUCAUCCUGAGGAUGUGAACAACCAGGCAGCUUAUCCCAUUGUCAUCUUUCAACUAAAACCCCGAGUACAAA